CGGCAUCAGCAGCACCGCCGGGCGUGCGGCCCUCUCGUCCACAUCGACCCCCUCAAGAUCCUUGUCUAACAUGCCGAACUCGUCGAACCCCGCCCACCAGCCCGAGGCGCCGCGCUCCGGCCUCGUCUGGGGCAUUGCCCGUGGCCACGUCAACACGCGCCGCGCCCCCGCGCCCAAGGCCUCGCGCCGCAAGGGUGCGCAGAGCCAGCGCAACACCGUCGUCAACAGCGUCGUGCGCGAGGUGGUUGGCUUUGCGCCGUACGAGCGCCGCGCCAUGGAGCUGAUCCGUAACUCCAAGGACAAGCGUGCCCGCAAGUUCAUCAAGCGGCGCCUCGGCACACUCCGCCGUGCCAAGGGCAAGAUGGAGUUCCUGACGAACGUCAUUGCCGAGCAGCGCCGUGCCGGCCACGCCUAAGCGUGGUCUGCGUCCUUACUCGCGCUCGCCUCGUCUUUCUCGCUCCUCUCUUCGCCUCUGC